AUGAGUUCUUUCAGCGACGCCGUAAGCCUGGAGGCGCAGCCGGCGUACUCGGACUCGCCCGAGUUCGACAAGCUUAACGCCGAUAUCUCCGACACGCUGUUCCUGCUGAACAACAACCUGGUGACGCUGGGGCGGCUGCUCAAGGCUGCGCAGAACACGGGGGGCAAGCGGGACGUGGUGGGGCGGGCGAUCGAUCUUGCCGACGAGACGCGGGACCGGUUCAAGACGACGGGCGAGGAUCUCAAGCGGCUCAAGGAAUGGGACGACACAAACGCCGCCCAGCGGUUCACGCAACAGAAGCUGGGCCGGGAGUUUGCCACGGCAUUGUCCGAGUUUCAGCAGAUCCAGAAACGGCUGGCCGCGCACGAGAAGCAGGAGAUCAAGAUGGACAAGCAGGCGGUGCUGGAGUCGGAGUCGAGGGGCGAGGGUCAGCAGCAGCAGCAGCAACUGCAGCAGCAGGAUGUCAUGACCCAGGACUUUAUGAAUCAGUCGGAAACAGAUCAGCACAUGACGUUGAUUUCGGAACGAGAGGAGGAGAUCAGAAACAUUGAGCAGGGUAUCGAGGAGCUCAACGAGAUUUUCUCCGAUCUCGGUACCAUUGUGACCCAACAGGGAACCAUUGUUGACAACAUCGAAUCGAACAUGUAUUCGAUUGCUGGCGAGACCCGAAGCGCCGCCAGCGAACUCAACCGAGCCGCACGAUAUCAGAGCCGGUCGCGGUCCCGACAGUGCUGUCUGUUGCUAAUUCUGGUCAUUGUGCUGGCGGUCAUUUUACUAGCGGUAGGUGCAAAGACAUAUUUGAGAUGGCACCUUCCUUGGUAG